GUCGAUCAGUUUCCGUUAAACUCCUUAGUUCAUGAAAUGGCAGUGUGAUCAAGUGUGAUGCAUUCUUAAAUUAGGUGAAGUGGAUAGUUUUGGGGAACAAGUUAAUGUUUAACAACAUAAAAAAGGGCUGUUUUAAAUUGCCGAAGAUACCUAUGUGUGAAACAAUUAACGUGACUGUAUGUCAUGACUUCUAAUUUAUCCUCUGAGGUACACCUGAGCUAAAAUGUAGAAAAUAUUCUGCGCUUUUUAUUACUGGUUAACUAUUUUAGUUGACAGUUCAACAAAGGAUCCUUAAACGUAGAUUUUUCGUCUAUUUUAUGCGUGGAGAGAGAAUUAGUCAAGAAAGCAGAGUAAUUAACUACACUUAUAAUGGCACCGAGACGAGUUGAAGAAGUACCUGUUAGAAGAGCAGCAUCAGGGUGUAAAUUACCUGAACGAUUACCACCCGGAUUAAUAUUAACAGACAUCACGCAGAACAAAUGGAAGAUUGGCCAUACAAUAGGAUACGGUGGAUUUGGUGAUAUAUACUUAGCAUCCAAUAACAUCGGAGUACCAGUUGGAGAAGAUGCGAAGUACGUGAUAAAAAUAGAACCACAUAAUAAUGGUCCGCUGUUUGUUGAAAUGAAUUUUUAUAUAAGAGCAGCUCGCAAACAUAUGAUUGAAAGCUGGUGUAAAUCGCAAGGGAAGAAACGAAUAGGAGUCCCGACGUACGAAGGAUCAGGCUCUCUCGUAUACAACAGUGAAAAAUAUAGAUUCUUAGUGAUUCCACGAUAUGGCAUCGAUAUCGGAAAAUUGUUUGUAUCAAGUGGGAGGAAAUUGCCAAUGAAACUUGUUAACAGGCUAGCUGUUCAAAUGUUAGACGCACUAGAAUACAUUCAUAGUCAAGGAUACGCUCACGCAGACAUUAAAGGAUCAAAUAUUUUGUUAUCUUUAAACGAGGGGAGUGUAGUUAAAAAGAAAUCUCAAGCGUAUUUAGUUGAUUAUGGAUUGGCUUACCGCUUCCGUACGGCAGCAGGUGUACAUAAGCCGUUUGUUCACGAUGAGAGAAGAGCACACGAGGGUACAUUAGAAUUCACAUCCAGAGAUGCACAUCAUGGAACACAUUCAAGAAGAGGUGAUUUAGAAACCUUAGGAUACAAUAUGUUGCAAUGGUUGUGUGGAAAAUUACCUUGGGAAAAUGAUGAUAAUCUGCCACUGACACUGAAUCCAGAAGAAAUCCACGCACAGAAAGAAAGAUUUCUCGCAGAUUUACCAUUGUUCAUGGAGAAAUGUUUCGCGUAUGAAACAAAGCCGCCUGCUGCCAUCGUUGAAUACAUGAAGUACAUCACUGAAAUGGGAUUUGAAACUAAACCCAAGUAUUCCUAUCUACGUAGUUUAUUCCAAUCUUAUUCGAAACAAAAAAAUGACGUUCCUACUUGUUUAUAUUAUCUAAAAGAAUCUAACGAAAAUAUUUCUUAUCCCAUAUGCUUAAAACGACCAUACUUAAGAGAGAGAAAGCCUUGCAGACCUGUUAAUGGCGAGAUACGCAUCACCCGGAACAUGCAACCUAAGGUUACAGCUGAACCGAAAGAAUUUUGUUGGGAAGCAGUAUUAGCGGUUCAUCCGGAUAAACUCGCGAAAGUUAAUGUACAGUCUCGGCCCUCGUCACUCGCACCAACUCCGUCUCCACCACCUCCAUCCCUGCCUACAUACGCUAUGCUGAACGUGAUUCAAAGGAUGAAAGAGAAACAAGCAUUUAGACAUAAGACAUUAUCCAAAUCAACAGACGAUGUUAAGACAAAAUGGGUAACGCCAGCUGUAGAACAAGUAGUUCCAUUGAAAAAGAAGACUUCCCAGACAACUCUUCCGGAAUCGAGAAAUUCUACUCGGUUAACCCGUUCCCGAGUAGCGAAAUCAAAACGAGACGAGGAGAAGGAUUCCUUCAAACAUAUGCAUCUCAACAAGAAGAGAAAAUGCGCGUAGAUGCGAAUGCAAUGAUCUUCUUGAAAUACUACAAGUCUUCAUUCCUUGGACAUUUGAACCACCAAGUUAUUGAAAUAAGGAAUAUAUAAUUAAGUAUUAUUCCCUAUUAGUUUAUCUAGAUUUCAUAAGAGUAUACUCUCGAUGUUCCUGUUUAAAGGACAAAAUUUCAUUUACUAGGAAAGCCUUUGGACAAAGAUGUGCGUGAUUAGUGCAUCAAUUUUUGUAAGACUGCUUUAUUAUCAUGAUUUGUCGUAUAAAGAACACUGUAUAAUUAAUAUAAGUUUUUUUUAAUAACUAUAUAGCGAAUGAAUUAUUAAAAAUGGUAUUUCGCCGAUCGAUUAGAACAAUUAUGCAAUUUUGAAAGAUUUCAAUCUAGCAGAGAAAGAGAUUUGCUUACAUUACUGCGUAGCAAUUAUAAAUUAGACACUUCUGUGAAGCGCGGAACAUGUAAGUAUUUUGUAGUUUAUCAUAAUAGCGAAAGAUGUGAUCUGAACAUUAAAUCGAAGAAACAUUA